AACUCGGAAGUAAAUAAAGCAGAGCGGAGAGCGUGUACAGCCAAAGCUAAAGGAUUCAAACUAGAGCGUUUAAUCGGACAAAACUGAAAGCCAAAGUAUGACGGCGACAACGAGAUAACCCCGAUAAUGUCACAUAUUAAUGUGGAUGAUAGCAGAUUUGAGAAGGUUUUAGAUUUAACAAUAUAACCGUGCAGAGGCUCCGCCGGAGGACAGCUAACGUUAGCUAAACAGCUAGCGUUUCUAGCGUCAGCUAACGGGGAUAAAUUAGCUGAUGUUCUCUGAGAAAAAAUAAAAUAGCUGUGCCACCUGCCUUAAGCAUGGCUAAUCUGGAGCAGUGGGUGAGCGACCAGCUCCAUGAUAUCUUGGGCCUGAGUGACCGGUAUGUGGCCCAGUUUAUGAUAGGUCUGGUGCGGAAAUCCUCUGGUCCGCAGGAUUUUGUUGCUCGUUUGCAACAGACAGGCACCAUUGACAUUGACCAGAGAGUGACUGCAUUCGCUCAAGAGCUAUACAACAAGGUCCCGAAGAAACAGGUUGCUGAGAAACCUGCCAGAGCAAUAGAGCGGCAGGCCAUAGAGAUGGAGAGGAAGAACCGAACCUACACCCUCCUGGAGGACAGUGAUAGUGAUGGAGAGGCAGUCAGAGAAAAAAGGAAAGAGAAAAAAAACAAAGAAAAGGAGAGAGGGAAGAAGAGAAAGCACCUUAGACAAAAAAGAGAUGAAAGUCCAUCAUCGAGUGAGGAAGACAGAAAAAAGAGUACUAAGGCAGCUUCACAAGAUUCAAAGACAUCAGUGAAAGUGGAAGAAGAGGAAGAAGAGUGGGAAAAAGAGGAGAGAGAGAGGCUGCAGGAUCUGGAAGAGAGGGAUGCCUUUGCAGAAAGAGUGAAGCAGAGAGACAAAGAGAAGACUAGACACAUACUGGAAAGAAACGACAAAAAGGCAUAUGAGGAGGCUCAGAAGAGACUGAAGAUGGCUGAAGAAGAUCAGAGGAAAAUGCUGCCUGAGCUACGGAAACAGUCACGAUGGGAGUACCUCUCCAAGCGUGAACAGGAGAAGCUGGAAGACCUGGAGGCAGAGAUCGUGGAUGAGGAGUACCUCUUCUCCAGCGAUACCCUCACUGAGCGGGAAAAGAAAGAACUGGAAUACAAGAAACAGAUCAGAGAUUUGGCUCGAGACUACAAGAAAGCUGGAGCAAAAGAGAAAGAGGAGAGGAAGAACCGCUACUACAUGCCAGAGGAGAUCAGAAAUAAAUCUAUCCCUCAGAGGGACAUGGAACUGGAGUUUGACGAGGGUCCUAGAGAGGGAGGUGGGGAGCAGGGGCGCUGGGAAGAGGCGCGGGUCGCUACUGCCACCCUGCAGUUCGGAGCCAGGGAGGAAAGGGAGCGACGGAUAAAGGAGGAGAAAGAGAAGUACCAACUAGUGCUGGAGGAGGAGGAGAUGAUUGACUUUGUAAGCACUGCCAUCACAAUGAAAGGAACACUAUCUGAGAAGGAACGUGAGCCUGAGAUCUCUCAAGCAGAGAAAGAGAAGCAAUCCAUCCAGGAAGUGAGGCGCAGUCUGCCAGUGUUUCCCUACAGAGAAGACCUCCUCUCUGCCAUUAGAGACCAUCAGAUCCUUGUUAUUGAGGGUGAGACAGGCUCCGGGAAGACUACCCAGAUCCCUCAGUACCUCUUUGAGGAUGGUUAUACGAAAGGGGGGAUGAAGAUUGGGUGCACCCAGCCUCGGCGAGUGGCUGCUAUGUCUGUGUCAGCCAGAGUGGCGCAAGAAAUGGGAGUUAAGCUGGGGAACGAGGUAGGCUACAGUAUCCGAUUUGAGGACUGCACAUCUGAACGCACUGUGCUUAAGUACAUGACUGAUGGAAUGCUGCUAAGAGAAUUCCUCACUGAACCUGACCUGGCUAGCUACAGCGUAAUUAUUAUUGAUGAGGCCCACGAGAGGACUCUACACACAGACAUACUGUUCGGGCUAAUCAAAGACAUUGCAAGGUUCCGGCCAGACCUAAAGGUGCUGGUGGCCAGUGCUACUCUGGACACAGAACGUUUCUCCUGCUUCUUUGAUGAUGCACCUGUGUUCAGGAUACCAGGCCGCAGGUUUCCUGUCGAUAUCUUCUACACCAAGGCUCCAGAGGCUGACUAUCUUGACGCAUGUGUGGUAUCAGUAUUGCAGAUCCAUGUCACGCAGUCUCCUGGGGACAUUCUUGUGUUCCUCACUGGACAGGAAGAGAUUGAGGCUUGCUGUGAACUUUUACAAGAGAGGUGUAGAAGGCUCGGCUCUAAGAUCUCUGAACUUAUCGUCCUCCCCAUCUAUGCCAAUCUACCCUCAGACAUGCAAGCCAAGAUUUUUAACCCCACACCUCCUGGAGCUCGCAAGGUUGUGGUGGCCACGAACAUAGCAGAAACCUCUCUCACCAUUGAUGGUAUCAUCUAUGUGAUUGACCCAGGCUUCUGCAAACAGAAGAGCUACAAUGCUCGAACAGGGAUGGAGUCUCUGAUUGUUACACCAUGCUCACGGGCCUCGGCCAAUCAGCGGGCAGGCAGAGCUGGCCGUGUGGCUGCUGGGAAGUGUUUUAGGCUCUACACAGCCUGGGCCUUCAAACACGAGAUGGAGGAAACCACAGUGCCUGAGAUCCAAAGAACCAACUUAGGAAAUGUGGUCCUGCUUCUAAAGAGUCUGGGCAUAAAUGACCUGAUCCAUUUUGACUUCAUGGACCCUCCACCACAUGAAACCCUGGUGCUGGCUCUGGAACAGUUAUAUGCCCUGGGUGCCCUUAACCACCUUGGAGAACUUACUAAGUUGGGGAGGAGGAUGGCUGAGCUGCCUGUGGACCCCAUGCUGAGUAAAAUGAUCUUGGCCUCUGAGCAAUAUAAGUGCUCAGAGGAAGUGUUGACCAUCGCUGCCAUGCUGUCCGUCAACAACUCCAUCUUCUACCGGCCCAAAGACAAAGUGGUGCAUGCAGACAAUGCCCGAAUGAACUUUGUGGUGCCAGGAGGAGACCAUCUGGUGCUUCUGAAUGUGUACACACAGUGGGUGGAAAGUGGUUAUUCCACUCAGUGGUGUUUUGAGAACUUUAUUCAGUUCCGCUCAAUGAAGCGCGCAAGAGACGUGAGGGAGCAGCUGGAGGGUCUGAUGGACAGGAUUGAGGUGGAGGUGUGCAGCGCUAAUGGUGACAGCAUCCCCAUCCGCAAGGCCGUCACUGCAGGUUAUUUCUACCACACAGCCCACCUCAGUAAGGGAGGCUAUAAGACAGUAAAACACCAGCAGACGGUCUAUGUGCAUCCCAACAGCUCUCUGUUUGAGGAACAGCCCCGCUGGCUUAUCUACCAUGAGCUGGUCUUCACCACCAAGGAGUUUAUGAGACAAGUGAUCGAGAUAGACAGCAGCUGGCUGUUAGAGGUGGCUCCUCACUACUACAAGAGCAAAGAGCUGGAGGACAGCAGCAGUAAGAAAAUGCCUCGCAAACAGGGCAAAGCUCGGGAGGAACUGGGCUGAACUGAAAACACAGUGUUUCUGCAUGGUUCUCAUACAGGCCUGAGCUGCAGUGACGCAGCAGAGAAAGAGAAGAAUGAAAAACCAGACUUGUUCAUGAGUAAAGGAGUAUGGACAAAACCUGUUAUUUUACUCAGGCUCAAAGCCCUGCGGUCAAGUUCCUCUCAAUGCUUUUUACCUCUGUUUUUAAUUGGGGUGUUCUCAGAGUGAAAGACAAUAAAAUACGUCUUCUUGGAAUGAGCUGUAUUACAUUACAUAUAGUUGAGUUAGUAGUAAAAGUCUAAAGUAAAGGCAGUGGUGAAGCAACAGCAGUGCUGCAGCAAUAGCUGGGGGAUAAGGAGUCUCUCUGACGUUCAUGCUUGCCUUCACUCUACCUGAUAUGGGUGGCUUAUUCUAAGUAGAUUGUGCUAUAAUUAGGUAGAACUGUUUUAAUAUUUGCUUACGAUUCUAGACUAACAGGUGCCAUAAAUGUUUUGUUAGAAGAAUGCCAGGCAUCUUUAGAGGCUGUUAUCUUGAGCUUCUAUCAGUGGUAAAUAUGAAUGUGGCAGGUGUGUACUGAGUUAAGUAUUACACAACCAUGCUCACAAAUAUGGACCAACCUUGUACUUACUUGAAAAAUUACAAAGUCAAGAUUUGCUUAAAUUAGGUUUGUUUCUGUAUGUUUGUACGAUAAGAAUAUAUUUUGAAUACAUGUUCCUAUGUUUGUA